AUGGCAAUGUCUGGAGGCCUAAACUUCGCUGUACUCCCCCCUCCUGUCUGCAUCUCCGUCCGGCCUAGGUCGGUAGUGGCUUUGGCGGCGGCGGAAGGGACGCCGGAGACGGCGGAGAGGAGGGCGAGGAGCCUGUACCAGGUGCUGAGGGUCCGAGAGACGGCGACGGCGGGGGAGAUCAAGGCGGCGUACCGGUCCAUGGCGAAGCGAUUCCACCCGGACGUGACUGCGGGCCGGGGAGGGGACGACUUCGUGGAGAUCCGCCGCGCGUACGAGGCGCUGUCGGACCCGGCGGCGAGGGCGCGGUACGACUUAUCGAUCGGGAGGUGGCGCCAGGGGGCGUGCGGCCUCUCAGGGAGGUGGGAGACGGACCAGUGUUGGUAA